UGGGCCAUGACCGUUUUUCAAUGAGUUCGUUGUACUUGUAGACUUGAGAGUCUCAAAUCAAAACUGACUUGGAAUGGCAUUGUAGUAGCAUGUAAACGAAGUUUUAGUUUACAGUGCGAGUGGGUUUGGCUUUACUGUCACGUCUUGGUCCUUAGUGCGACGUACACUGGCCCAUGAAACAGUAUGUUCUUCAACGACUCGGGAAAGCCCAUUCUCCAAGCCAUUUUAGACCGAAUCUUGCAGCAACAACUUGAAAAGCAAUGGGAAAAGGAUGCUGUUGUGACUAAAGAGGCUCUUCUGCCCAACGAUGUCGUGGUGUCCAUUAUCCAACAAGCCACAAGCAUCUUGCGGAACGAAGCAAACGUUGUGAAAGUCGAUGCUCCUGUGAAUAUUGUUGGAGAUAUUCAUGGCCAGUUUAUGGAUUUAUUGUACUUGUUUGAACUUUGUGGACCCUUGACACAAACUAGUGAGACUGACAGUUGCAGUCCUGAGACUAGUAUUAGAUGUGCAGGUUCCCCAGUAUCCCCUCGCAGUCCGAAGCCAGAAAGUAGUGAUGACAACCUCACACCGAGCACAACGCCCACAACUGCCAGUCGUACUUUUAGUCGUACUAAAGGCCCAGUAAGCCCCCUGGCACCAUUAUCUCCUGCAUCUAGAAAGUCUGGAAAGCCACACAUCCUGAGAAAGCGCUCAGAGGAACACCUGGACUUCACGUAUGGGCGGAGAAGGAGCGUGUGGGCAACUUCAGACGAAGUGAAGAAGUGUCUGACAUCCAAGGAUGAGAAGGAGAGCACUAAUGGAAGUCGCAGCGGUGGCGACACGACGCCAUCAUCAACAGAAACCUCCCCCCCAGACAGCACCAGUAGCUCUGAAUCAUUCAACUCGUCGCCGCUCAUGAUGCCGGAGAGUUGCCCAGCCAUCCCGGAAGAGAUGCCCGUCUACUUAUUCAUGGGUGAUUACGUUGAUCGUGGCAACUUUGGCUGCGAGUGUAUGAUCUACUUGCUGUCUCUGAAGGUGGUUUUCCCAGAUAACAUCUUCCUGCUGCGUGGUAACCAUGAAACCCGCUGCAUGACCAAGCGUCACUUCGACGAUGGGACCAACUUUGAAGCAGAGUGUGUAGCCAAGUAUGGCCAGCAGAUGUUCGAGCUCUUCAUGUCCUGCUUUGACUGCUUGCCGCUGACGGGGCUCGUAGAAACGGGCGAGAAGCCGUUCUUAGCAAUGCAUGGCGGUAUUAGCAAGAAGAUCAAGACCUUGGACGACGUGAUGGCCAUCGAUCGCUUCUGCGAGCCGCCGCUAAAAGGCGCCAUGUGCGACCUGCUCUGGUCGGAUCCCAUCAACGAGAAGAUUGCUGAACGGUUCAACGAUAGCGAUUAUCAGGAGUUCCUUGAGUUUGACUACCUGCCUAAUCCUGUGCGCGGCUGCUCAUCCUACUACUGCUAUGGUGCCGUGCAAGAGUUUCUCAACGCCAACAACUUUGCCGGCAUCUUCCGUGCGCACGAGUGCAAGGAGGAAGGGAUCAGCUUUACGUUUGCCAAGACACGGAGUGAGUCGUUUGAGUUCCCGCUGGUGACGACCGUCUUCUCUGCUCCUAACUACUGCGGCACGUACCACAACCGCGGCGCCGUUGUGCGAGUGACUCGCAGCGACAUCGGUAUCUUACGCUUCAGUGCUGCCAGUGCUAACCCUCUGCAGCCAGCUGGCGAUCGUGGGGAGAGCACCACAGGCGGAGUGUCCGUGCUCAGUUUCAAUGACAUCAGCAUAUCGGAGAGCAACAGCGAGAAGUUUGAGAAGGCCGUCAAGAAAGACCUGAGUAGUGAGCUACAUCCUGGCUGGCAGAGUUUGCGUAAGGUCACGCGCAUCGUCACGCUGCUCAGCAAGUACAGACGUGCUGCAUCCAUGUCCGGCACGGCACUACUGGACUUUGCUGCAGCCGCGGCUGCCACAUCCGCCGCCUCGCGUGCCACUGAACAGCAGCGAGCUAGCACUAGCUCUGCGCAGGGUAGAGGGCUACGGCGCACGGCUACGUUCUCCGACAGCAGUAUAGACAGUAGUAAUGGCAGUGUUGCAGCUGCUGCUGCUGCUGCCGCCAAUCGUCCUGUCACACAGCAGGCCAAGGCAGCAGUGUUUCGAGCACAGCGGCGUGCCACAGUCGGAGAAGAUCAUGCCGCCCACGCCAGCGCAAACGCACACCAAUCUCCGCUAAGUCACCGCGAGGCAGGCCUGGCACUUUUCGGCCGUAAGUUCAUGUCGGUGGUGGACCCAAGUGCUGCCACUAUCGCUAAUGCUGCUGCUGCCUCUGAAGAGCAAGCUCAGCUGCAAUCAUGCAUAAGUGAGGAAGGAGACGGUGAGCAGACAGAAGAAGCAGAGGAGAUGAUGCUUCGCUCGCCAUCCACAAAGUCUGUCAUCUCCAGCCAAGUGAGCGAAGAGGAUAACGAACAGCUGCGCAUUCUCUUUGACGCCAUCGACCAAGAUGGCAAUGGGUCCAUUUCACCGUCUGAACUGGAGCAGUUUGGCAUGGAACUUGGCUGUGAGGCUCACGUCAUUGCACAUGUCCGUGAUCUGAUGGACCAGAAUCACGACGGCGUCAUAUCGUACGACGAGUUUGUGGAAUACGCCGGUGAGCUGCUGUACAAUGCAGACCAGCCACCUGCUUGAUGUCAGCCGUCCAUCAGCUCUCACAGUACUAUACGCUUGCUGCCGUACUUCCAUGCGGCCUAGCUGUAUGCUACUGUCGUUGUCGUCAUCGUCCUUGUGUAGACGGCUGUGCUGGACAUGGCAGUGGUCGUCGUCCUUGUGUAGGCGGCUGUGCUGGACAUGGCAGUGGUCGUCGUCCUUGUGUAGACGGCUGUGCUGGACAUGGCAGUGGUCGUCGUCCUUGUGUAGACGGCUGUGCUGGACACGCAACGCCGACUUGUCAUUUCUCAACUACUACUACCUAGCUACGUACUGUGCAGUGCUGGCUGUGUGCGACGUCAACUCUUCUUGUACACACACACACCAGUAGUGGUGGUGGUAGUGGCACCUUGUACCAGCCCUAUGUACAUGACAUAUGCUACAUCAAGAGAGCUUGCCUGGCCACCAGCCUGUGUCGCGACCUUCACAUCUCUCUUCACCAUCAUGCUACUGCAGCCAGACUUGACUCAGUUGUAUUAAAAAAGUAUUUGCACCCAGACAAACUGACCUAUACCCAACUUCAGUGUCCAUUAUUAGCAGUGGUCACUCACACGAGUACUACGCUAGACCCAUUUUUUUUAUAGCGCUUAGUUUCUCAUUGUGUUCUUCUACGUUAUUUUUUACCGACAUAUUUCUAUUCUCUGGAGAUGACCUGAUGUGUUCACUGUUGCUAGUCACCCUUUCUUCUUUCCUCCUUUUCCUCUCUUGUUCCACCUUUUCCUCCCUUGUUCCACCUUUUCUUUCGCUCUUUUCGUUAGGCAAAGAAUGUCAGCACUGUACGAUGUUGACUAUGUAUGUUGCACAGGUAUGCAGGACAUGCGGGCGAAGAGAAAAGCUAUGCAGGAUGUCGUAACAAAUACCUGUGUUCGUGUUUCUCCCCCGUGUUUUCUACCUCGGUAGUACAUGUAGUGUGUACUACACGUACUAAUAUAUAUGUUAUUGUAGUACCCUGUUUAGCCCGGCCGUGCCCGGUCAGAACGACAUUGGUGUGUGCCUUCAAGCCUUGUUGUCAUGAUGCACUACAAGGUGUUGUAAUUUC